UCAUUAUAGGCAGUCCUGAUUUAUUGUUGCUGGGUUAGAAGUAGACCUAGAAUACAUAAUUUCAGAGCUAUUGCCGCAGUUAUGUUCAUGGGCUAAAUGAGAAGGAAAAAUAAAUAACAUAACCGAAGCUCUACAAGCUGCAGUGCUCCGACCAAACGGCAUCGCAAAUGAACAAACGAGGCUGAUAAUGACGUCAAUGUUGUGCCCGAACGCGCGCUGGUUGGUGCACUCGCGAAUGUUUCUGACCGCCGCUCUGUGUUGGAGCGGGGAGAGCGAGUUUUCCACUGCAGCAUCACUCACUUCAAAUAGCGCACCCAAACUGUGACGAUACCACCUCAUCCGAAGCGAACUCAUUGGAGUUACAAUCACCUGCGAGGCUGCGACUGCGCUUUCUCUGAAGCAGACAAGGACCGAACGAAAUAAUUUAUUUUAUUUAUCUUUUUCUCAGCUACGAAAGGGAAUGCCAUCAAUAAAUAUGAAACUGGAGAUGGUGACCAUCAUCGCCUGCGAGGUAGACACAGAGGUGUUUACUUCAGACAAGCUGCAGGAGAGGUUCGAGGCCCUGUUCAGGAUCUACGACGAGCAGACGUCCUUCCAGAUGUUCAAGAGCUUCAGGCGAGUCCGCAUCAGUUUCAGCACUCCGGAGGCGGCCGCCCGCGCUCGCAUCGAGCUCCACCUGCCUAUAGUGAAUGCGCUUACUGGUAAUCAUUAUUUGCUCUACUUCUCCAGUGUUCAGAAUUCUGGGGAGGAUAUAGACAAGUCGUACCUGGCUCCUCCUGCGCCCGUCAAACAGUUCCUCAUCUCGCCCCCUGCCUCGCCGCCCGUGGGCUGGAGCCAGAGCGAAGACGCCACGCCUGGUAUCAACUAUGACCUGCUGUGUGCGGUGGCCAAGCUGGGCCCAGGGGAGAAGUAUGAACUGCAUGCGGGCACUGAGUCAACCCCCAGCGUUGUGGUGCAUGUGUGCGACAGCGAUGCAGAGGAUGACAACGACGAAGCGCGGCCCAAGCAGAAACAGCAGAURGUCCAAACCCGGCGCCCCGACGGCCCGUCGCAAGUCCUGAACUAGGACGCCCGUUACGGACCCCACUCCCACGACCGCAACACACACACGCACCAAGCCCUGUCUUCUCUGUCUCUGCAGUCGCACAGCACAGCAAGGCAACGCCCCUCAUUUCAGUUCAACCCAAAACACACAAACAGCAGACAGUUGGUGGUGUUUGUGGAGGGAGCAUGGCUAUUGGAUGGGAUGAGGCGGUCUGGCCUGUAUGGACGAUGGAGGAUGGAUGAGAUUUACACACACUCAUCACACUCAAAGGAAAGGGAGGGGGGGGUGCCUAACUCUUGCCCCUUGACCUCGGAUCAGCCAGGGGCGGGUAUGUAACACCUUGUCCUCCUAAAGCAGGCACCCUGUCAUAGAUUAUACACUCAGCUCUCAUCUGUAGUAGUUCCUCUCUAGUAGUAUUUAUUUCCUUCCUGCUUACUGUCACUGGUUAGUUGUGUCGCGCAGUGGUCUUUCGGGGACAUGCAAUACCUCUAAUGAGGUUUUUUGAGUUUCUUAACUUUUUUGAUAUAAAUUUGUUCUUCUGAUUGUUAGUCUGUUCUUCUUCUGCUAUUUAUGAUAUCAGCUGAUUGGUUGUUUCUGCUAACACAGAAUGAGGAUUGGCUGUCUGGUAUUCCUCUUCUUGUCUUCAUGUAUAUAUAAGAACAUACUCCUACAGAGACUCAAAUACUAAACUGUUGUAUAAAGCAAAGGAACCUACGGAGGUCACACUACAUAGCAACAGGUGGCCACGCGGUAACAUCAAAGUUAUGGUGGUGUUUGCAUUUUAUUUACAUUUUGGGGGGGGGUCUGCUUAUGUCCUUUUAAUCAGAGAGGUGUCUAUUGAAGUGUUGCUGAACUAGGUGUGCAUUCUUCUUAAAAUGUAUUUGAUACCACAAACAAUUGUUUUUUUGCAUGCUUACUAACGUAGUCGGGAGCAUUUUAUACUGGUCAAGAUGACAGGGAAAUGGAAUGACGCUUAAGACGACACGCAUAUCUCUAGUUUUAUAGUGUCAGGUGUGAGGGGGGAGGCUGGCUGAGUGAGUGAAAAGACAGAGUGAAUGAGACCUUUACAGUGUGAGUAAAAGCCUAAGAGUUGGGCUUUAGGAUAGGAGUAACGCCUAAGAGUUGGGCUUUAGGAUAGGAGUAGAGGCUAAGACUAAUCUCCUACAGGAGUGUUGACAUUUUCGGAGGGCAUUUAUUUUAUAUUCCAUCUUUCCAGUAAUGUUUUGGGGUCUUGUUAUGAUAUCAACACAGCUGUCUUCUUCUCAGACCUAUAUGGCUUGUUUUACACUGAGAAUCUCUCUCUCUCUGGAGCUAUACUAAAGGAAUGUCCUGACUUUCCUCUGUCAGCUCUUAAAAGUUGAAGACUGCUUCUUAGUUCUUGCUGUAAAUAGCUCAAUAGUCAGUAGGUGGAAAUAGUCCAUUAGGUUUUAAUGAUUGACAUUAAGCGUUGCUGAGAAAUUGAAAAAGUUUAAUUAGCCACCCAGCCUCUGGAGAUAGCAACCAAAGCCUUCAUCUCACAUUGCAGUCACAGCACAAACCUUUGGAAACUCAAGAAACUAAAGAGAAAGUUUUUWAAAAUGUUAUUAAAAAUGAGUUUUAUUGUCACAUGAAAUGUGUUUUACAGGGUCAGCCAUAGUAGUACAGCGCCCCUAGYGCAAAUUACUCCAAUUUGGAAUACUGCUGCAUUAACAGUUGUUAUUUUGCUCACAACAAGUUCUUUCCAACUCCCAAAUAAAAUUAAGAAUUAAUUAAUUAAGUGUGCUUUUAGUCAUUCAUUUUAAUCCUAAAUAUUUUAGGAGUAAAUUUAAGAGUAACUUUUACCAGAAUGAUAGACGUUUCUCCUGACCAUGCACUUUGAAUAACAACAAGCAUAACAUGUCAACUAUAAUGUCAUGUGUCUGUUAUUACAAUGAUUUGAUGCCAUAAAAAGUCCCUCAUGUUUUAGUUUUUUCACAAACAUUCUCCAUAUAGUGAGUCUGUUGUAUACAGACAAUUCCAUGUAGUCUGUUGUAUACAUACUAUUCCAUGUAGUCUGUUGUAUACAGAAUUUUCCAUGUAAGAGUCCUUGAUUUCAUUCCCAACCUGAAAAGGUGUUUUGAAACCAGUGUUUUUUUUAAACAAAAUAAAAGCCCAACCGUUGAGGAGGAGUGUUCCGGUGGGCCUCGGCGGUUAACCUAAACCUUUUCCGUGUUAGACAGCAUGAAAAAUGACAGAUAUUUUUGCUCAUAUUAGUAAACAAAAGAUGGUCUGUCUGCAUGCGAGCACUUUAUUGUCAGCAGUCUUUUUUCUUGUCAUUGUAGAGUCAGUCUUUUUUCUUCUCACUGUAAAGGCAGUCUUUUUUCUUCUCACUGUAAAUGCAGUCUUUUUUCUUCUCAUUGUAAAGGCCGUCUUUUUCUUCUCAUUGUAGAGGCAGUCUUUUUUCUUCUCACUGUAAAGGCAGUCUUUUUUCUUCUCACUGUAAAGGCAGUCUUUUUCCUUCUCACUGUAAAGGCAGACUUUUUUCUUCUCACUGUAAAGGCAGUCUUUUUCCUUCUCACUGUAAAGGCAGACUUUUUUCUUCUCACUGUAAAGGCAGUCUUUUUUCUUCUCACUGUAAAGGCAGUCUUUUUUAUUUUCACUGUGGAGGCAGUCUUAUCCUUCUCAUUGUAGAGGCAGUCUUUUUUAUUUUCACUGUAAAGGCAGUCUUUUUUAUUUUCACUGUAGAGGCCGUAUUUUUCUUCUCACUGUAAAGGCAGUCUUUUUCUUCUCAUUGUAGAGGCAGUCUUUUUUCUUCUCGUUGUAAAGGCCGUCUUUUUUCUUCUCACUGUGAAGGCAGUCUUUUUUAUUUUCACUGUAGAGGCAGUCUUUUUCUUCUCGCUGUAAAGGCAGUCUUUUUCCUUCUCACUGUAAAGGCAGUCUUUUUCCUUCUCACUGUAAAGGCAGUCUUGCUAGAGAGAAUGUUCUAUAUUUCUUUUGUUCUUUUUUAAAAAGUCUUCUGUUUUUCAAAAUAAACACCUGGGUAGCCUUCUCACUAGCAGAGCAGCGUGCGUUUAACACUCAUCAUCUCUCGCUACUGGGGGUUUGAAGGCUCGGAGGCCUUUUGAUAUAUGUGCAGGAGUGUACUACUGAAUAGGUGUGGUAGGAAGAACAGGAAAAUGUGUCUUUUGAGAUGAUGGUUGGUUGCAACCACAGAACAUAUGUGUGUUUUUGUUAGUGUUUGUCCCUGGAACAUAAUUUCAAGUGCAAGCUUUGUCCUUUCAGAGGUGACUUCUAAAAACCAAGCAGCCAGCGAGUGUUGAAACACAAUGCAAUGGCACAGACACUUUCUAGUUGUGCUGACUGGUGAUAAUAUUGCUGAUUGAUGACUAAGAUAAUGAUUAUGUUGACGAGGCUGAUCUGAUGUUUUCUACUGACCGCUGUCUCUGAAACUGGGAGCAUUUUGGGUCACAGGCGAAACGAGAAACAUUUAUAGUGAUUUUGUUGCUGACGCCAGUUCCAGUAUGCAGCUAAAAAAAUGUUGGCUUCUAAUUUUAUGUUGAUGUAAAGAUACAAAUAAAUAAAAAGUUCUGAAAUGCUCGAUCAAAUCAAUUCUUAUUGUGUCGUGUUAAAAAUUGACUCAGUUUAAUGUUUGUUUUUUUGGAAUGUCUACAAAACAAAACGGUCAAUACCGUCCGUUACUGUUGUAUACUGUUCUGUUGAAAUCUGAAUAUUAUGUCUAGUACUGUAGUUAUCCAGAAAACGAAGUAGCAAUCAAGCAAUAAUUUACAGUUAUAUACAGGUAUCUGUAUUUUAUGUUGUGUACUAAUUUCCAGAGUUGUUUUCUCUGACUGUUACAACAGUACUUGCUUAUAUUUGUGUGGUAUGAUUGUCAUUCGUUUCACAUGAGAAAUACAUAAAG